AUUGUUGCUAUAAAUAAAUAAGACACAUUACCGGCCAUAUUCUUCUUCUUACAUUUCUGAUCAAGAUAAUCAGAAUUCAGAUCCAAAGAAAUUCUACUUCCAAAAUCUCACUUUCUGUUACUGUAUUCAUUCUCAUUCACUCCUCUAUUUCGUAGUGCAGAGAAAGAAGAAGAAGGAGGAUAAACCCUUUGUUUUAUGCACUUGUGCUUCGUAAAACCACUGGCUCCACCGGAGAGAUAGAUUGAGACGCGUUUUCUGUUGAAUAUAAACUCAUUCUGCGCGCUCAAUUUUCCACAUAGGUGUUUACAAAAGAAGCAAAGUUUGAGGCUGAAGAAGAUUAGGUAUGUUCAAGUUAUCUCCUAGGAGGAGUCAGAGAUCUAAAGGCUUCAAGGUGAAGCAUGCUUUACAAAUAUGUGUUCUUGUUGGUGUUUGUAUCUGGUUGGUUUACCAAAUUGGACACUCUCGCCAGAAAAAAGUGUCAUAUGUGGAGAAUACAAAAACUGGCAAUGAGGUUAUUAAGUUAGGGAGGAAGAACCUCAAUCCUAUUGUGAAGGAAACUUCUGUUAUAGAUGCAAGACACAAGGAAGACGAGGAGGAAGAUGAACAAGACAAUAAGCAUGAAGAUCCGACCAAAUUGGAUGAUGUUAGUGUCGUGGAUGAUGAUUCUGAGCAUAAAGAGGAUCCGGGAGUAGACCAAGAGAGUGAAGAGAGUUCUCAAAAUGCUAAAACUGACACUGAAGGUGAACAGCAUGUGGAGAAAGAUGAUGAAGAGAAUGAUAGUACAGACAACAAGGAGAGUGAAAGUGCGGUGAAAAUGAAUAAGGAACUAAAAGAGGAAGUUGAAGAGGACAAAGAAACGGGUGAAGCUAGUGAGGAAAAGAGUAAUUUAGAGAAUGGAGAGAACAAAGAGGAGGAAAAGAGUAAUUUAGAAAAUGAAGAGAACAAAGAUGAGGAAAAGAGUAAUUUAGAGAAUGAAGAGAAGAAGGAGGAGGAAAAGAGUAAGUUAGAGAAUGAAGAGAGCAAAGAUGAAGAAAAGAGUAAUUUAGAGAAUGAAGAGAACAAAGACGGAGGGGAGGAUAAAGAAAGUGGAGAAAUUAGAGAGGAAAAGAGUCAGCAAGAUAAUGAAGAGUCCAGUGAAACAGACACCAAAGGUAAGGAGAAUGAAGAAAGCAAGCAGAAUGGAACCGAUGCGAAGGACCAAAUGGAGGAUAAUCACAAGCAAGAUAGUAAAGAAGGGACGGAGGAGAACAAUGGAACAGAUGAGAAAGAAGAACAUGAUAAGAUUCAGAAAGAGACUUCAUCUGAAAAUCAAGUUCAGGAUGGUGAAAAGAACAACGAGGCUAGGGAGGAAAAUUAUGCUGGAGAUAAUGCCUCAAGUGCUGUGGUAGAUCAUAAAUCGGAAGAAGUUUCGAAAGAAAAUGAUAAUAACAACAAAGAAGAGCAGGUUGACAAAAAGGAAAAGAAUGAGCCUGAGCUGACGUCUCAGAAAAAUAGUGACGAAAAUACUGAAUCCACUGAUUCUACUGCUACAGGAAGCAGCCAGGGAAAUGAGAGUGAGAAUAAUCAGGCCCAGACCGAAAAUGAUUCACAGAAGAGUUCUGUGUCAGAGUCAGAUAAACAGAAUCAGGAGCAGAACAACAACACCAAGGAUGAUGUACAAAAGGAAGAUUCAUCGUCGCAGAAUGGAAAUGACUCAACUGAAAAACAGACUGAAACAUCAGAUGCAACUUCUAAGGAAGACAAUUCCAGCACCCAAAAUACAACGCCAAAAACUGAAGAUUCUAAGUCAGAUGCUGCUGGGGAUCAGGCUGAUUCCACAACUACAUCUUCAUCGGAAACUCAAGACAGCAAUACAAAUAAUAGUGAAUACAAGGACACCACUAAUGAAAACCCAGAAAAGAAUUCUGGCCAAGAAGGAACACAAGAAAGUGGUUCAUCAUCCAACACAAUUGAUAACAAAGAUGCCACUGGCAAUGAGGCUCAACUCACUACCUCUGAUACAUCAUCAGAACAAAAGAAAGAUGAAUCCUCAAGUAAUUCCGAAUCUGCACAGAAUAACAAUGCAAACUCGGAUCAAAGCAACACGAACAAUGAUGAAAGUGCUAAUGGCAACAAAGAUUCUAGCCAGGUCAGUUCAUCUGAACAAAGUGGAGAGGCAAACACAAACACGGAAAACAACAGUGAUUCUAACCAGAAGGACUCAAACAAAAAUGAAAGUACCAAUGACGGUGGAAAUGCCUCAAAUGAUGCCAAUGAAAACGAGAACGCUGCUCAGAGCAAAACUAGUGAAAAUGAAGGUGAUGCUCAAAACGAAUCAGUGGAGUCAAAAAAGGAGAAUGAGGAAUCUUCUCACACCGACGGAGAUAACAGUUCUAACUUGAAUGAUCAGGGAAGUUCUGAUACUUCAGUCGUACAUGAUGAUAAAGAAUCUCGCGUAGAUUUGGAAACGUUGCCAGAACGCAGUGGAGAAAGCAAUCACAAUGAUAUUUCUUCUGCAGAAUGAAAAGUCAAAUGAACCAAUUGUAUCUUGCUUCUACUUCUGAUCCUACUUUAUUUUGUUUCUUUUUUGUUGAGCCAUGUAUUCGUUACUUAGCAAAUAUGCUAUCAAGUUUUCUUUUAAGAGGAUCAGAACAAGAAUUUAGAUAGUUAUAGAAUUGUAUCAGUAUAAAAUCAUUUAAUGUUUCAUAUGUAACUCAGCACUCUUUCAUGGAAGAAUAAUUACCACUUUAAA